AUGUCAUUUAUAAGUCAUCCUGUUUUGAACAUUAUUGUGGUAGGAUUCCAUCAUAAAAAAGGAUGUCAGGUGGAGCAUUGUUAUCCUGAGUUAGUCGCAGGACGGCCCUCGGAGCUGCCUCCAGCAUGGCGCCAUUUACCAGCUUUAGCAUUGCCUGACGGAUCCCACAACUACCUCUCUGACACCAUAUUUUUUACAUUACCGGGCCUAACUGAGCCUGCCCACACAGUGUAUGGUAUUUCGUGUUUUCGUCAAAUUCCUGUUGAACAAGUGGUCCAAAAAACUGAAGAUAUGACUCGUAGUUCAGUACAAAAGAGUGUGUGUGUGAUAUGUCGUUCACCAUUGUUUGGCCGUUUGGCUGUGAAAAUGGAGCUUGUGGUUAGGGCUUGGUUCUUACAGGGAGACUUCUCUCAGACUAAGCUUUUGGAGGAUGCUUAUAAUCAUCUAAAUAGCUGUCCUGUACAAAUAGACCAAACUCUAGAAGGAUUAUCAGUUCAGAAAUUGGUUGAUAGUUGGAGACAUAAAGCUUUACUAUUGUUUAAACUUCUAUUAUUGCGUCGUAAAGUUCUGGUGUAUGGAGCUCAAGCUGGGUCAUUAUCUGCUGCACUAUUGACCUUAGUAUCUUUACUCCCUCAAUGCUUGGAGUAUGGCCUGUCUCGCUCAGCUAAUGUUGUAUUGACAAGGCCGCUGUCUCCAAUAUCUUCUGCAUUACCUGAGGAGAAAAACCAGCAUAAUGUAGAUUCCGGUGUGAUCAUCCAAAAUGAAUUAUUUGUGAAUGGCUCAGGUCAGGCUGAUGAACUUUCCCCCAAGGAAACAGGCAAUCUUUUAGAAGAAAAAGAUAGAGUGAGUCACCAGAGCCUCGAAGAGUCGGCAAUCGUGGAUGUAGUGGACAGACAGGACUCAUCUGCUGGUAGAGAGAAGUGCUACAGUGUUGGGGAGAAAUACAAAACACAGAAGUCUGUUCUUGAAUCUCAACAAAGUCCUACCAUGGCCAGAGACAUGAGUGUGGAUGGUCUGCAUACCUUGACAGGACAAAUAGAUCAGACAGAAUGUGGGUUUCCUUUCCCUUUGUUUGAAGAUGGGUACCUAUGCUUGCCUUACCUGUCAUUGCAAUAUUUAGAUCUGUUAUCAGACCCAGCAGUAGAAGGCUUUGUUGUUGGUGCUUCUAAUGUGUUGUUUAAGCAGAAAAGGCAGUUGUUCGAUAUAUUAGUGGAGUUGAAUGAGAUGAGAAUAGAAACAUGUGACAUGGUGCUCAGAAGGCAGCUAACAUUAAGUACUGAAGACUUGAGAUUUGCAGACCAUGUUGUGCGACAUGGCCCCACUCAAGGCGACACGUGGAUUAGAGAUCAAUUUGCAAGCUACUUAAUUUAUCUUCUAAGGACAUCGUUACUGCCAGAGGGAAGUAGAGAGAUUGAUUCAUUCAAUGCACAAUUUAUGGCAGCUUUUAAGUGUACACGGGCUUAUCAACAAUGGUUGAAAUCUACAAAUAACGGCGACAUAGAAUCGUUUAUGAAUUUAGCGCCCAUACAUCCGUUUUCAGGACAGUUAUCAGUUGCUGAUAUGAAGCUCAAAUUUGCUCACACAAUGUCAACAACAGAAGGUGGGAGAAAAGUAACUGCAGCUGUAGCAAGUACGGGUCGCGCAGUAGCGACAACAUCACGAGCGGUAGGUGGGGCGAUAUCCCAAGCGCGCGGAGCGCUAUCCGGCUGGUGGAGCGCCCUCACUACCCCUACAGCCCCCACUAACGCUUCUGAAAGUUCUUCGACAGGCGAUGAAAAACUUGCCUCAGACGCAGAAGAUGUCGUCGAACAGCUCGAUGACGACAACAGAAAAGAACAAGCUGAAAACCCCGAUCCACCGGAUAAAAGUAUAGAGGAAAAUAAAAGCAACUUUAGUAAAAUAUCUGUUAUUUAAACCGGCACUUAAGGUUACUUAAAUUAUCAUUAGACAGGUAUCAAAGAUUUUUCGAUUGAACUUGUAUUUAUGUUAAUUGAGUAUAGAUUUAUGUAUUAAUCUAUGUAAAUAUUAAUGCCCUACCCAUGUGCUGUGCUAACAGAUUAAUGAUGAUAAUUCAGAAUAAAACGAGAUUAUAUUUGUAGUUGUUUAAUUAGGAUGUUUUCAAAGUUCGUAUAAUACAUUUUUAUGAGGCUGUUAUGGAAUGAUUUUUUCCAUUCAUGACAAAAGACGAAGUAUACGUGAAAUAAGGUUAUUUAUUAAUUUCAUGAACCAGUAGUUUUUUAUUACUGCACAUGCGCAUACUAUGGCUUUGUUAAGGCGCGUAAUAUUAGAAAAACGAAUUAUAACUCUGUAAACUAUAGUGUUCUGUACAUGCUUCCCUAAACUUUUAUAGAUAUAAUUGGUCUAUAUAUGUGACUAUGUAAAAAUAAUACGUUAUGGUUCCCAGAAAUUGUAGAUACUUAUAGAUAACUGUAGACUUUGAUACACUUUGUGAUCUCUAAAUAUAUUAUAGUUUUGUUGAUAUUCUGCUUAGUUCUUGAUGUGUAAAUGGUAUAAUGAAAACAUAAAAGAUCUUUAUGUCUUCUUUAAUUUUAAGUAAUUUAUAUUUUUUUAAAUUUGUUUUAGCUUUUGCUGUUUAUUGAAUCAAAAUGCUCUCAAUGUAUUAGCAAAUUAUACCUACCUAAAUCGUUCCAGAGGGUAAAAGAAAUAUACCCACAUUUGAAAAUACUACACA